AAAUGGAGCCUUUCAGCCGCUAGCUCUACUGCAUGACGGUUUAGUGAGUUUCUUCCCUGUGAACGUGCAACCCCUCUCAAGGUCAUAACUUCCUCGCAGCUCACUUCUUUACAAAAAAACAGCAUCCCACCCAUUUGUCACUUGCUAUCCAAUUCAACAUGGCAACACGAUGGGGACUCUGCGGAGCAGGGAAGAUCAGCCAUGACUUUAGCGUUGCUAUGAAGACUCUACCCUCUGAAGACCAUCAGAUUGCAGCCAUUGCUUCAAGGAGCUUGGAGCGAGCCAAAGAUUUUGCCAAGAAGCACAAUAUUCCAAAGGUUUAUGGCAGCUAUGAGGAGCUAGCCAGAGACCCAAGCAUCGACAUUGUGUACCUGGGGAUACUGCACACUGAGCACUGGCGCGUAGGUCUGCUGUUCCUCAAAGCUGGGAAGAAUGUGCUGUGUGAGAAACCCUUUGCUAUGAACUCUGGACAGGUCAAAGACCUUGUUGCGGCAGCCAAGAAAAACAAUGUUUUCCUCAUGGAGGCCAUCUGGUCCCGCUGUUUCCCCGUGCACGCUGAGGUGCGCAGGCUGCUGGCAGAGCAGACAGUAGGGGAGGUGAAGCUAGUGAAAGCCUACUUUGGUUCCCCCCAGCUCCAUAUCCCCCGUUCUGUGGAGAAGGAGCUGGGUGGAGGAGCUCUGCUGGACAUUGGAGUGUAUUGCCUGCAGUUUGUGCUUAUGGUGUUUAACGGUGAGAGGCCAGAGUCCAUCCAGGCCACAGGGGUCCUGCUUGACUCAGGGGUGGAUGAAUCGGUGGUUGUGGUUAUGAAAUUCUCCAAGAAGAGGAUGGCCUUCUGUACUUUCUCGAUCGGUGCUCGACUUCCAAAUGAUGCUGUCAUUGCUGGAACUGAAGGCUCUAUUCAGGUUCUUGGCCCCAUGCACUGCCCUACCACACUGGUGGUGAAUGGCAAAGAGAGCGAGUACCCUCUGCCUCCAGCAUGCCUGCCUCUGAAUUUCACAAACAGUACCGGGCUUCGCUACGAGGCAGAGGAAGUAAGGCAGUGCCUCCUUAAAGGACUUAAGGAGAGCCCACGGAUGCCUCUGGCCGACUCCGUCUUACUGACAGAGAUCAUGGAUGAAAUCAGAAAACAGGUGGGAGUCGUCUUCAGCCAGGACAGCCAGUGACAUCACUCCAGAGCCGAUUCACUUGACCUGUAGUAAACCUACUCACAUGGAAGAGGGGAGCUGCUUAAGGGAAAGGCUUUGGAUGGCUGGAAUUAGCAGAUCAAGCACAGCACCGUGGGACAAAGCCUGAGCCGAGGCAGUAGCUCUCACUGCGGCAGAUUUCGACAGGGAUUUUCCAUCUAAUUAACAAUCAGUAGAUUAUCUGUGAACGGAAACUGUGGAUGUUUCGUUUGGAAACUUUUCGAUCUAUUUCUUUUAAUCAAAAAUAAAUCUUGAUACACUCUUAAUAAUUUCAAACACUGCUCUUCCAUUGUACCACAUGAUAGAUUCUGCCUGAUUUUGCAUUGCACACAAUACAGAGUAAACAUUGAAAUAUUGCAAAUAAAAGAGUGUGUCUUGAAGCUGAGAAAUACUGAUAUAAACAAAUGAAACCACAAGGGUCUGUGUCUCCAACCAGUAAUGAAGUCCUGGACCUUUAAGGAAAAACCCAGCUGUCGCUGUAAAGUGGGUGAUUGAUGAAUCCAGUAAAGGA